AACACUAUAACACAUGCUUUAUUAAUUACAUAAUACAAAAAUUUAAUUUAGUUAGUUGGAGUGGAGAUCUCAUACAGGCAACCGCAACAAUUUUUUUUGUUAAAAAAAUCAACAGAUCUACUAAACUACUAUUUCCUUUUCAUAGCACAAAGCAAACUUGGCCUACUACUUAAAGUAAACACCAUCAGGAGGAGAAAGAUUCAAGAACACACCUAACAGAAGAAAAAAAAAAAGACAUUCACCUUUUUCAUACACACCACACCAGAGACCAUGUUUAGAGCCAUGAGCACUAGGAAACCCCAUGGUGGCUAUGAAAAGCUCGGCGAGGAAGAAGCGAGGUUGAAAAGGGUCGCGAGCGUUCCGGCUGGUGUUUAUGGUCAAUCAAGAAACCCGAUGGAUCAAGAGGUGAAGAAGACACCGACGACGACGACGGUGAAACCAACCGGUGGUUCUGUUCAUCCUUUGUUCAGUUUCUUUGACGUUCAUUUCCAAAGGAAGAAGAAGAAGACUAUGACGAAGAAGAAGAGUUUGGCGACUUCGAAACCCGAGUUUGCGAGGUAUAUGGAGUAUGUGAAGGAAGGAGGUGUGUGGGAUCCGAGUUCUAACGCACCUGUGAUUCAUUACAGAUAGAUUGGUCAAGAAAAAAACGAAUAAAAAGAUUUGUAUAUUAUUCUCUUUUCUUUUAAUAUAUAUAAUCUCUUGAAAAAGAAUCCAACAAUUCUGUAAGUCGAUUUGAAACGAUGGAUUAAGCAAUGAAUUUGUACACUUUAAAUGGUUAUUUCAAGAAUAAGAUAAAUUCAAAAA